AUGCCUACCUUCGAGCGAGAGUCUUUCGGCGAAGACAUCGAGGACCUCCAACUUCAUCCAGCUGUACCGCCAGCGUUGAAGCAGCCAAUAGGCGGCAAUUGUGUAAGAGGUCGAAAGCCUCCAUCUGUUGCCGCGAUCACCGCACCUUUGAACGGACCAUCUGACGAUAGCAGCGACGACACUGUCCUAGAGGCCCCUGACCCAGCUGCAGUCAACAUCCGCAACCUAGUCUUGAGCUUCCAGAGCAAAGCCAAAGAGGGCGGGUUGCAGAACUGUGGUGUACUAAGGCGCAUGCAUGCUGUCAUGGAGAAGUUCCAGGGCUUCCGUGAGGCUAUUGAUGAGUGUUUGGAGGCCGUGGACGAGUGUGGCUUGGAAUUGGACUGGGCCGGUGAGGAGGAACAAGCCAAGAUGUAAGAAGUCACAGCUCAACAAGCAACAACAACAGCAUGUCAAGCGAGCGGAUACUUCUCUGUUAUGAAAACAUGAUGUUUCGCAAGUGAAGAUUG